AUGUUCACAUACACAAUAAGUAUCAUCGUUUAUUCAUAUCGACUUCAAUAUCUUUUUUUCUAUUUCUACGUGUGUAUUAUUAGCUUUGGCUGUAUCAUCAUUACAAAUUUUCUUUUUCUUUUUUCGAUUAAAAAUGGGUUCAAACCUGAAGAUCUUCGUCAUGAUUCAAAUAAUAAGAAUAAAGUCAAUCAUGGUCAACUCGAAAAUAAUGAAGUUCAUCGUCAUGAAGAUAAAGCUAGUCAAUCUGAUCAACAUCCAGAUAAAGAUGAUCAAUCUGGACAAGUUACACAUACAGAUAAUCAAGCUGCUCGUUGUAAAGAUAUUACUGACAAAGUUGAUCAUCAUAAAGAACAGGAUCGUGAAGUUGGUGAAGGUGAAAAUAAAGAUGAUCAAUUUGAUGAUGGUGAAGGAAAAAUGCGUCCACUUGCUCAUGAUGAACCCAUGGAUCCUCAAUAUCGUGAUGAAGAUAAUGAAGAUAAUUAUUUACGUGAAGCUCGACAUCGUGCUAAACGUUUAGAUGAAUUACUCAAUAUCGUUAUUAAUGAUAGAAAAAUAGUGAUUCAUUUGUAUCAUUUGUAUAAGAAAAAGAAAGCUUUAUUAGAAUGUCGACAACGGUCUGGUAUUAAGUUAUUAACAGCUCAAUGCGAUGAACGAGAAGAACAUUAUCAAUGUAUGAAAGAGCUAAAACCGAAAUAUGAUGAAGCUAUGCUAUUCUUAGAACAACAUCAAUAA